UACACACACAAACAAACAACAUUAGAGAGUUUCGACUUUGUCGACUUUCAGUUUUAAGUCGAAAAUAUUCUCGCUCGCAGAAAUAAAAAUUAAAUUAAAGAUUUCAAGUAUUCACAGUGUGAUUCCGCGUGUUUUUGUAUGAUUCUGUGCCUCUAAUAGCGUUGUGUGAUAAAAUUAAAUAAAAAAUGUUCCCAGUAGGACAGCAAUCAUCAUGGACUUCUUCGCCACCUCGGCCUCCAAGUCCUUCCCAGUCGCAGACCAGCUUCGAUACACUUUCACCUCCACCAACAGGUGCCACAGUCAAUCCAACAGCAACAACAACCGCCGCUGGUAAUGUAACGCCAAGUAUAACAGGUGUUGUCGCAACACCACCUGCACCACCAGAUUUACCAGUUUUCACGUGUCCAAGACGUCCAAACUUAGGACGAGAGGGUCGUCCAAUUUUACUGCGUGCAAAUCACUUCCAAAUCUCUAUGCCACGUGGUUUUGUUCAUCACUAUGACAUAAACAUUCAACCCGACAAAUGUCCACGUAAAGUGAAUCGUGAAAUCAUUGAGACGAUGGUUCACGCUUACAGUAAAAUCUUUGGUGUAUUGAAGCCAGUAUUCGAUGGACGUAGUAAUUUAUACACACGAGAUCCUUUGCCAAUCGGUAAUGAUCGUGUUGAGCUCGAAGUCACAUUGCCUGGUGAAGGAAAGGAUCGCGUUUUUCGUGUCACUAUUAAGUGGGUUGCUCAAGUUUCCCUUUUUAAUCUCGAAGAAGCUUUGGAAGGACGCACAAGACAAAUACCGUAUGAUGCUAUUCUUGCGUUGGAUGUUGUCAUGAGACAUUUGCCAAGCAUGACAUACACGCCAGUUGGAAGAAGUUUCUUCAGCUCUCCAGAUGGCUAUUAUCAUCCAUUGGGAGGUGGUCGCGAAGUUUGGUUUGGUUUCCAUCAAAGUGUUCGUCCAUCUCAAUGGAAAAUGAUGCUCAAUAUUGAUGUGUCAGCGACAGCUUUCUACAAAGCUCAACCAGUCAUUGAAUUCAUGUGCGAAGUGCUUGACAUUCGUGACAUUAAUGAACAACGUAAGCCGCUUACUGACUCGCAACGUGUCAAAUUCACAAAAGAAAUCAAAGGCCUGAAAAUUGAAAUCACGCACUGCGGCACAAUGAGACGAAAGUAUCGUGUUUGUAACGUUACACGUCGUCCAGCUCAAAUGCAAAGUUUCCCACUUCAACUCGACAAUGGACAAACUGUUGAAUGUACUGUCGCAAAAUAUUUCUUGGACAAAUAUAAGAUGAAGUUGCGUUAUCCACAUUUGCCAUGUUUGCAAGUUGGACAGGAACAUAAGCACACAUAUUUGCCGCUUGAAGUUUGUAACAUCGUCGCAGGACAGCGUUGCAUAAAGAAGUUGACAGAUAUGCAAACAUCGACGAUGAUUAAAGCUACAGCGAGAUCAGCUCCUGAUCGUGAACGUGAAAUUAACAAUUUAGUUCGACGUGCAGAUUUCAACAACGACUCAUAUGUUCAAGAAUUUGGUCUCACAAUCAGCAACAAUAUGAUGGAAGUUCGUGGUCGUGUUUUGCCACCACCAAAAUUGCAGUACGGCGGACGCGUUUCCAGCAUCAGUGGACAACAAGAAAAGGUUGCAAUGUUAUCACAGAACAAGGUCAGCUUGGCAUCGCCAAAUCAAGGCGUUUGGGACAUGAGAGGAAAACAAUUCUUCACUGGCGUUGAGAUUCGUGUUUGGGCAAUUGCUUGUUUUGCUCCACAACGAACAGUACGUGAAGAUGCGCUCCGAAACUUCACACAACAAUUGCAAAAGAUUUCAAACGAUGCUGGAAUGCCAAUUAUUGGACAGCCUUGCUUCUGCAAAUACGCAACAGGACCAGACCAGGUUGAACCAAUGUUUCGAUAUUUGAAAAAUUCAUUCAAUCAGUUACAACUUGUUGUGGUUGUUUUGCCUGGAAAAACCCCAGUUUAUGCUGAAGUAAAGCGCGUUGGCGACACAGUCCUCGGAAUGGCAACACAAUGUGUUCAAGCAAAGAAUGUCAACAAAACAUCACCACAAACACUCUCAAACUUGUGCUUGAAAAUAAAUGUCAAACUUGGUGGGAUUAAUUCAAUUCUUGUUCCAUCAAUUCGUCCGAAAGUUUUCAACGAGCCUGUCAUCUUCCUUGGCGCUGACGUUACACACCCACCAGCUGGUGACAACAAGAAACCAUCAAUUGCAGCUGUCGUUGGAUCGAUGGAUGCUCAUCCAUCACGUUAUGCUGCAACUGUAAGAGUUCAACAACAUCGUCAAGAAAUGAUUCAAGAGCUGAGUAGCAUGGUGCGUGAACUGUUAGUUAUGUUCUACAAAUCAACUGGCGGCUACAAGCCUCACCGAAUUAUUCUCUAUCGCGACGGUGUAUCCGAAGGACAAUUCCCACACAUUUUGCAACACGAACUCACAGCCAUUCGUGAAGCAUGUAUUAAGUUAGAAGCUGACUAUCGCCCGGGUAUUACAUUUAUUGUCGUUCAAAAGCGUCAUCAUACUCGUCUGUUCUGUGCUGACAAAAAGGAACAAAGUGGUAAAUCAGGAAAUAUUCCAGCCGGAACAACUGUCGAUGUUGGCAUUACACAUCCAACUGAAUUUGAUUUCUAUUUGUGCAGUCAUCAAGGUAUUCAGGGUACAAGUCGUCCAUCUCACUAUCAUGUCUUGUGGGAUGAUAAUCACUUUGAUUCAGAUGAACUACAAUGUUUGACUUAUCAACUUUGUCAUACAUAUGUAAGAUGUACGCGAUCUGUAUCCAUUCCAGCUCCAGCUUAUUAUGCGCAUCUUGUUGCAUUUAGAGCAAGAUAUCAUUUAGUUGAGAAAGAACAUGACUCUGGUGAAGGUUCACAUCAAAGUGGAUGCUCUGAAGAUAGAACACCGGGUGCAAUGGCUCGUGCUAUAACUGUGCACGCUGAUACCAAAAAAGUUAUGUACUUUGCUUAAAUGUGCAUCUUUGGUAGAUUUAUGUUGUCGUUUUAUUUAAAAAGAGAAUCAUGAAGAAGGAAAAUUUGUUAUUGGACACAAAACACAAAAAAAAGAAAAAAUGACAUGGUUGAGAAGACAAAACAAAAAGGUAAAUCAUUUAAGAAAAAUAAACAAAAACACUUAUGUGGAUACACAACCAAUGAAUAUACAACAAGGAACAGAAUCACAAAAAUGUUGCGCGAGGAAGAAGACGAAGAAAAAUUAAAAUGAAUGAAAAAGAUGUGAAUUUAGAAUUCAUGAACUUUAUUAAACAAAAAAAUAUUUAAGUGUUUAAGAAAGAGAAAAGAAAUAUCGCAAAAUUAAAUUAAAGUUAAGAUUUAUUUUUGGUCUUCUUUCAUUGUCGAAUGUGAAUCGACAUUGAAAGUUGCAUUCUCCAAUUGCAGCAUCUGAUUUAAGUUAAAAUAUUAUCGUAUUCUUGAUCGUAUUGAGUUUUAAAUAAUUAGAUAACAAUAAUAUUUGUUUUGCCUUUUUAAACUCUUCAAAAACACUUCAAAAAAAAUGUCAAAUGAUGAUGAAAUGUUUGGAUAUAAAUUUACUUAAAAAAAUCUUCUAAUGAAUUUUGUAAUGACAAAAAUAUUUAAAUCGAUGAUAAAUUAAAAUAUUCUUCCUAGUCUAAAGCUAACUAAAAAAAGAUGUCUUAACGACGACUACAUAAAUUGUUCGAUUUUUGUCCACUUUUUUUAUUCAAUCGCGAAUUUCUAUUUAAAUAACUUAACUAACAACGGCAAUGAAGCUUUAAAGUUAUUCGAUUUUCUCUUUUGUCAUUGCAUGUUCAUUAGACACAAAACCUUACACAAACACACACCUUAUAGUAGCAACCGGAAAUGUAAGCAAUUCUAAAUCAAAAAAAUUGAAAUUUUCUUCCAAAUCCCAUGAGGAAAAAUCCAAAGUAUGAAAAAGAAGAACUUUCAAUGUUUGCAACAUCAUCAUCACAUUGAGUUUUUAUAUUGAUUGAAAUAAUAUUUUCCCCUUUGCGCUAAUUGAAGUAUUUUAUUAUGAAUGUUUGUUGGUAACAAUUAAACAAGAAAAAUAAAUUGUUAGUUUGUAAGAAUUAUCUACAAUAAUAAUAAAAGUAAAAAGAGAGAAUAAGAAAUUAUCUCACGUAAACAAAGACGAGGCAUGAAGAGCUUGGAAUCACAACAAAAAUAAUAAUUCCAAGCUAACUUUCAGUUAAUCUCCAAGUAGAUGAUUGCAAAUGCAGUUUUUCACAAUGAUCAAAAUAAUUAUACUUUCUGGCAUUACAUAGUAUUGAAUAACUGAACACUUCCAAUAAAUUGAAUCUUAUCUUAUCAAAAAGAUUAGCAGUUUCGUAUUCAUUUAAUCACGAGAUCUUCAAAAACUCAAUUUUAAGAUCUUUCUUUUUCUUCGAGAACUUGAGAAUAAAAUAUCUAUCUAAAUAAAUGGAAAAGACAAUCUUUAAAUCAGUAAAAAUCACUGAAAUGUUAUUAAGUUUUUCCCCCUCAUAAAUUUGAAAAACCAAAAAUCUUUCUUCAAUCUUCUUUAAGAAUUGAUUGUCAAAAAUGAAGAAAAAAAGUCACGAAAGGAAAAACUCGUAUUGAAAAAUUAAUUUGAAUAUUCACCAACUUGAAUCGCCAUUUAUAAACAAAAGAAACUAACAAAAAAUGAUCCAAGAGAUAACGAAGCUCCUUAAAUAGUUUUAUGAAUUCAGUAGGGAUGAUCAAUAAUUUUCAUAGUGUUUAAAUAUUGUAUCAUGAAUAAUUAAUUAAACUUGUGGAAUAUUAAAAGAUCGAAAUAUGUUUUUUCUUAUUACUCUUUAUUACAAAGAAGCUGCUCUUUAAUGAAAAGAAACCAAACUUAAUAUGUAAAGAAAAGAUCCACAUACAAAUAAAGUAAAAGGAAACAAUUGAAACAUGGAAUUAGCUUGUAAGAUUUUCAGAUUGGAUCUGGUUGAGCGUGAAUAUUCAACAUGCCAAAAACAAACGAAAAUAAAUCAUAAUCUCGAUAGAAAAACUAUCGACUAACGAGAACCCGAUGGUGACAGAGCCCGUGAGAUAUCAGAUCCAAUCAUUUUUAUUUUAAUAAAAACAAAAGUCUUGAGUGUCGUGAAUGAAAAAAAUGAAUAUUAACAAUUUGAGAAAAUUAGUCAUUAAAGGCUAAUCAUGUAUCACUUAAAUAUCAGAAAUCAAAAUGAAAAGUGUUUUCCCUUUUAAAAAUGAAACUCUUGGUUAUUCACCUUUAAUUAAAUUUAGAUUUUCAAAUAAAGUUGAAAGAUAUCUACAUAAGAUAAGCUUUUUUUAUGUAUCACCGCUGUAUGUAAAUUGUUUUUAAUUAGCAAGAUGGAACAGAAAAGAAGAAAGUAAGGAAAAUAUUCUGAAGCCAAGACACAGCCACUUUUUAAACAAGGGAUUUUGUUGACAAUUGUCAGAAAUCUUAUCCAAAAGAACUCACAUUUGUCAACAGAAAAACAAAGAAAAUAUAUUUAAUUUAAUUCUAUGGUAUUAACUUUUAAGACAAACUGCACGAACGAAGAUGACAUUUUCAAUCGUCAGACUCUUUAUUCUUAGUUUUUAAUUUGCUGUGUGAAAAAUGAUGCGAUUACACAAAAUGUAUGAAGACAAACAUUACACAAAAGUUACACACUCAAUUAGUUUAAUUGAAAAAAAAAUCUUUGAUAACACGAAUGAACAGAGAAAAACGAAAAAAAAGAUAGAAGUGUGUGCGACAAACUGGAAUAAAAUUAUAUUUGUCCCAACUAUAGAUAUAAGUAACAUUAUUUUAAUCUAAAGGCUAAACUCUUUUUGAAAAUGAAAAUCUAUGGAACAUUUGCAUAUUCAAUAAGCUUUCUCAAAACAAAUGAGAAUGAAACAAUAAUAAAAAGAAAUUGCUUAAACCUUUUAAAAAUGUGUUGUAGGGGGACGAUGUAAAGAUAGAAAUACUGUAGAAGCAGACAAGAAAGUUGAUGAGAAAACUUUUAUAAAAUUCUUAUUAAUUUUCAUUGUGUCAAUCCAAUAUUUUUCUCAGCCCCAAAUAAAAUAAAUUAAUAAAAAACAAAAACA